AUGCCAGCUAGUAUCCCAGACCAUUCGUUACUUAUGUGGAAUAUUAACUACGAGACAAAUGUCAAUAUAAGUAAAAGUAAUACUAUUUCGAUAGAUGCCAGUAGUUCUUUUGAUAAGUUUGAAUUACGUAAUAUACCUAAUGAUUUUUUAAAUAGUCAUGAUACUACAGAACAAAUAAACACUGUUAUAGAAAAGUUAGAAUCAGGUAUUAACACCCAGACUGAUAUUGAUAAUAUAUAUUUGGAUUGGUGUAAUAUUGUUAAAGAUAACAUGUAUAGUAAAUUAUCAUAUAAAACGGUAAAUAUUAGUAGCUCUCAUAGAAAGCGAAGAGCUGGUAAGCCAUGGUGGUCUGAUAAGUUAUCAGAUCUUUGGAAUAUUAUGUGUCAUAAUGAACGCAAAUGGCUUGAUUGUAAGAAUAGAAGUGAUAAGCUACAUCUUAAAUCUGUGUAUAUUUCUAGUAGAAAAAUUUUUGAUCAUGAGGUUCAGCGUUGCAAACGUAUUUAUUGGUAUUCUAUGCAGAAUGACUUGUUAAACGAUUGUAAAGUUGACAGUAAUCAGUUUUGGAAAUCAAUAGGAAAAAUUGGGAUAGGCUAUUCGAAAAAUAAACAAAUACCAAUGGAAGUACGUUUGGAUAACGGUGAUAUAUCGUCUACUGUCACAGAUGUACUCCAAAAAUGGAAAACGGAUUAUAGUUCUCUCUUUAAAGAGUAUGAUGCACCUCCUCUUUUAGAUUUUUUGCAAGACCCUGAUUCUUCUGAUAAUGUUUCUUUUAAUGAACGAAUAUCAAUUUUUGAGGUUAAAAAGGCCAUUUCUAGUGCGAAAAUAGGAAAAGCUUGUGGGGCUGAUAAUAUCCCGACCGAGGUUUUGAAAAAUGAUACGACAGUGUAUUUUCUUCAUGUAUUAUUUAAUGUUAUUUUUGACAGCGGAGUUGUUCCUGGUAUAUGGGAAAAGUGUAUUAUUAACCCAAUUCCAAAGUCUUCUUCUGCGGACCAUAGAGAUCCUCUUUCAUAUAGAGGUAUAUCUUUAGCUCCUGCAGUAUACAAAUUAUAUUGUUCGGUUCUUAAUGAUCGUCUUAGUACCUGGGCUGAAGAAAAUGAAAAACUGGUAGACGAGCAAAAUGGGUUUAGAAAGAAACGCACAACUAUUGAUCAAAUUUCUUCAUUGAGUAAUCUAAUAGAUACUAGGAAAAAGCUAAAGCAAUCAACAUUUUGUGCAUUUAUCGACUUUAGAAAAGCUUAUGACAAUAUUAAUAGAAAUAAGUUAUGGAAAAAACUUCAUGAUAGUGGUAUAUCAGGGAAAAUUGUUAACAGCCGUAAGAUCACUAUAUUCUAA